AUGCCGUGCGUAAGUACAGGAUUCCUUUUCCAAGCUUAUGUUGCGAGAGCCUCUUUGAAGACAGCAUCCAGCCUCAGAACCCAAUCUCAUUGGGUCCCAAGAAUGGCUCUCCCCAGCCGAGCGCGUGUUUAUGCUGAUGUAAAUUCUCAUAAACCUCGGGAAUACUGGGAUUAUGAAGCUUAUGUUGUAGAUUGGGGCCAACAAGAUGACUAUCAACUUGUUAGAAAACUUGGCCGAGGGAAAUACAGUGAAGUGUUUGAGGCUAUCAAUAUCACAAAUAAUGAAAAGUGUGUAGUUAAAAUUUUAAAGCCUGUGAAAAAGAAGAAAAUAAAGCGAGAAAUUAAAAUUUUAGAGAAUCUCAGAGGUGGAACGAAUAUAAUUACCCUUCAGGCUGUAGUGAAAGAUCCAGUUUCAAGAACCCCAGCCCUCAUAUUUGAGCAUGUCAAUAAUACAGAUUUCAAGCAGUUAUACCAGACGUUAACAGAUUAUGACAUUCGAUAUUAUUUGUAUGAAUUACUUAAGGCUUUAGAUUAUUGUCACAGUAUGGGUAUUAUGCAUCGUGAUGUGAAGCCACAUAAUGUAAUGAUUGAUCAUGAGAAUAGAAAGCUUCGCCUUAUUGACUGGGGCCUCGCAGAAUUUUACCACCCUGGCCAGGAGUAUAAUGUUCGUGUUGCUUCACGAUACUUCAAAGGGCCUGAACUUCUAGUUGAUUAUCAAAUGUACGAUUAUUCGCUUGAUAUGUGGUCCUUGGGCUGUAUGUUAGCCAGUAUGAUAUUCAGGAAAGAACCAUUCUUUCAUGGUCAUGAUAAUUAUGACCAAUUGGUUCGCAUAGCUAAAGUGCUGGGCACUGAAGAAUUAUUCGAAUAUUUAGAAAAGUAUCAUAUAGAGCUUGAUCCUAGGUUUCAUGACAUUCUUGGGAGACAUUCUCGAAAGCGAUGGGAAAGAUUCGUGCACAGUGAAAAUCAACAUCUGGUCUCCCCUGAAGCAUUGGAUUUUCUUGAUAAGCUUCUGCGAUAUGAUCAUUAUGAAAGAUUUACAGCCCGUGAAGCUAUGGAUCAUGCAUAUUUUUAUCCAAUUGUUAAGGAACAGGGACGUAUGAAUAUGAUUUCGUCAUCACCUACUCCCAUAGCAGGCUCUGGGCCUGUAGAUUAUAUGCAUCGUGAUCAUCUCCGUGAUCUGUGGCUACAAAUUGAUAAAUUACAUCUAAGCUAUUUACAAACUGACGAAAAUCUGUAUAAAAUUGAACAGAAACAUAAAUUGGAAAGUUAUAUUAGAGAAUAUCUGUGUCUGGCUCCGCAUAAUCGCAAGUUCUGUUUUCAAGAGACUGCCAAUGUGUUGCAUCAAAGUGCCACUUCCAAAGAAACCUUUAGUGCUUAUCGAGCCGCAUCGGCUUGGGAUGCCCUCGGUACUUAUGCUGCUAAUUUAUUAUCACAACCCUGGAGGAAAGAGUAUCGGGUUCUGAAGAUGUAUUGUGGAUUUUAUAAACAUGAAAUUGAAGCAAAUCUUGUUGGUGCAGAAGUAAUGUUGGAAGCGAUGGGUUAUAAACAUACAGGCAAUACAACAAUGGUUCUUGAAGGACCAAUUGAUCCCGACAGAGUGUCAAAUGUAUCACGAGAUUCUUUGAUGGCAUCUGUUGAAUGCCAGUUAUUGAAGGUGAUCUGGGAAGAAGUGUCCCGUCGAUUUCAGUGUCACUGGUUGGAUGUUUUGGAAUUUCGUGAAAAUCAUAUCUGCUCCCCUGAGAAUGCUGUGAAGGGACUUAUGUAUCAGUUUCAUCAACGUGAAUAUCAAGAACAACACCAUCAAAUGGCGAUGUAUCAUCAUCAAAUACCAACAACUGAUACUUAUGGUACAUCUCGAUUCCAUCAUCCUGGUCAGGCCUGCUUAUACGGACAAAUUUCACCAACUGUGGCCACAGUUCCACAUAUGGGUUAUUAUAAUUAUUCCCCUUAUGCAAUGGGAGCACCCCAUCCCUAUACUUUGCAGUCACAGCCUAGGUAUGGCUCUAUAAUAAGUCCACAGCAGCCAAUGAUGUCGUGCCCAAUGCCUGCACCAGCUCAUCCACAUUACUUCCCAGCACCUAUGCAACCUGUAUUGAAAUCACAAGAAGUUUAUCCUCCUAAUGGACAUGCGACAAUGGAACAGUUCCAAACCCCAGUGCCAGUGCCUCCUCAACCACCAGUUCCUACACAAGCAGUUCAAAUGUCAUUGCAAAAUGGUUAUGCACUUCAAAGUCAAAUAAAUCCAGUUCAAGCAACAGGUCAGAAUUAUGGUUGUCUUGUCCCUACUGCUCAGUUAAUUGAAUUGGAUGCUGUUCCAGCUGGGAAUAAUGACAUGCAGCAGACACAUUCUGCUACUGACUCAUCAAGUUCAGUUUUAAUUCCACGUACAAUUCGCCAACAUCAAAAUCACCAGUCAAAGAAAGUUCAUGAUAAACAAGAUGUAUAUGCUAAGCAUGCUGAAAAUCCACCAGUGUCUAAUUAUUUAUCGGACUCCUCAAAAACAGAACAGACAUCUCGAAGAAGUAAAGAUGAAGGGACUGGAACAUUUGAAAGUUGGGAUUAUGUAUUUAGAAAUUUAGAAAGUCAAGGUUAUAAUAAGGAUUUAGGUGAACGUCCAGAUAUAUUAUCUCCUGUUGACAAUGCUAACGCUAAUUCUAAAAAUAUAGGUGAUAGGGGAUUCAGAAAUAAGGAAACAGAGGCUCUAGCUUUAGAAGAUGCAUUAAUGGAAAUGCGCUUGGAAGAGAUGCAGAGGAAAAUGAAAGGGGAACCUUCUGAACAUCGUACAUUGAAAAUUAACGAAGCUCUUCAAAAAAUGAAAUUAGAUACCGAUACUGAUAUAAUGCGGACCAAACAUCAAAUUACUAGUGAACCAGUAGGCAGUAGUGUCAGUGUUUAUGACAAUUUGUCUUCUCCCCCUAAAGAAAUAAGUUCUGUUCAAAGACCUCGCAUCUCAGCAGCAGAUACUGCAAAGAGUACCUCAAUAGCUACCAAAACAAGUACUAAAACACUACCCAGAGAACCAAAAAAGCAUGAAAAUAAAAGAUUAACUAAUAAUCCCCACUUCACAUCUGCUACCUUAGAUCCUCGUCAGCUGACAGAAAGAAAUAACUUGGGUCUAAGUAGUACAAAUGCCGCUGAGAAAAGUGAUGGACUAGGUCAUGAGAAAACUGUGAGGAGAAAUUCUGUUCAUAAAAAUAGAAAUUGUGACUCUGAGAAACUAGAAGGUUCAGAGGAAUUAGCAAAGUUUGAUGAUAAAAAUAUUGGAAAGUGGGAAUGCGUGACGUGCACAUAUCACAAUGAUGCAGCUCGUGAUAUAUGUGAAAUGUGUGGCAAGUCAAAGGUACGGGGUUCUGAGGCUCGUCCUUUGGCUAGUGGAGGCCGGGAAUGCCCACAAUGCACUUUGGUGAAUGAAAAAGAUGUUGGUACUUGUGUAGCUUGUGAUUGUAGCUUAAAAGAUUCUCCAACAUAUAUUUAAACUUUUGUACUUAAUUCACAAUUUCAGAUUUGUCAUUGUGUGACACUUUGAUCUUAAGGCUGUAUUUCCUUUAGGGAUGUUAUUUUAUUUGCUAUUGAAUGUUUUUGUUAAUUUAUUUUUUGCAAGAGGAUACAAAUACACCUUUGCAUGAAUAGAUUUUACUAAUGUGCUUCUAGUCAGAGUAAAAAUACAUAUUUGAACAUAUUUUACUGAAUCUGUAUUUCAUAAUGUUAGAUACGAAUUCAAAACAUUAAUUUAUGAAAUUAGUUUAAUGUAAAUAUUUUGAAAUAGUGUAUUUUCAUUCAUUAUAUAGCAAGGCUGGUUAAAAUUUGAAAUGUUAAUUACCGAUGAGAUGAAGAGCAAAGUCAAAGUAGCACUUAAUACAACGUGCAGGUUGUAUUGACAGAUUGCUUUUUUGUCUCUUACAAGCCACGUUACAAGAGAUGUUUCUAAAAGUUUUGUAAUUAUAAAAUUUUAAUUAUUAGUGAAAUAAAUCAUAGUGUUGUUUAUAGUUUUAUAAUUCACUUUAUGGAGUGAAGUAUUAAAAUUAUCCCCUUUGCCAAAAUUAACUUUCUACAAGACUAAAUAUAUAAUUAUUGACUUCAGUAUGAAAGCUCUUUUACUCAAUUUUUGAAAAAUAUUUGUGCAAUAUAAUGUGAAGUACUAAAAGUAUAUAUUACAGAGGACAAUUAUAAUAUUCUGUAUGAUGAAGUCUUUUUUUAUAAAUAAUGGAACUGAGUUCAGCAGUAUACUCACCACGAGACACAUCAUGCUAUAGAUGUGUUUAUACCAGAAGUUGAAUGAAACUCUCCCCCCCCCCUCUAAAUACAUUAAUUGUUUGUGAAGAAUAAUGCCUAAAACGUUAAAUGAAGAUAAAUAAUUAGUGCAGAAAAGAAACUGUUUCUUGUAGGUUUUAUCUAACACUGUUUUCUUUAUGCAUCAGUAUUAGUUUCUGCAUAACUUUUGCUUAUUUGUUCUGUCUUUUAUAUGUUUAAUUGUUAAAUAAAGGUUUAAUUGUUUGUGUCUGAAAAUUUGAACACAUUUUCCUUGGUUAGAUUUCAUAACAAUUUACUAACAGCAACUAAAAAAAAAAAGAAAACUGGUCAAAAAUUGAGGUAGAAAAUAUUUAGAUGUUUUGUUAUCUGUGGAGACUGCAAAAGGUUAAAAGUUGUAAACAGUAUGUGUUUCGGACAAGAUUGUAAAAUAUUUUCUAAUAAACUGUCUCCUUCUUCAAUAUUUGAGUUUGAUGUAUCAUUCAUACUGCCCGUUGUGUUAAGGUAAUGUGAUACUUUUCCUUUGCUGCAGAAAUUCGUGAAUUUAUUCUUUUUUGUACUGAAUCUAUUGAUUUUUGUGUAUUGGUUUUGUUAAAUAAUAUAACUUUUCAGCAACUUAUUUGUAAUUGAAUCAAGGGAAAGAAAACUAUUAUUUUCUUGUUUUAAAUUAUUUAUUCUCAGUUAAUGAAAAAAUGUGGAAUAUUUUAUAUUAGUAAUUACCAUUGAUUUAACAUUUUCCCCCAUAAUUUGUUUUUUACAAUAGUUUAGAUAAUCUUUUAACAGUUUUGAUGCGUUAUAUAACUUCUAAAGCUUGCAUGAAGAAAAUUUUGUUUUAAUGAUCUUGACAUUUCAUUAUUGAAUUAGUUUAUGUUGAGUUGCAUUAUUACUUUUAUGCUACUUCAGUUUGUUCAGAACUCUUGUGUUUGGUACCAAAUAUUAUUGACCACGAUGUUUGAAUCGUCAGGAUUUCUCAAUUUCAGGAGUUAGCAAGUAUUUUAAGUAUUAAAUAUAAUGAAAGCAUUCUUGGCCAUCUUUUGUCUUAGUAUUUAUUCUGAUGCAAUAAAUUCUUUGUAUGCAUGCUACAAAUUAAUUGUGGAAAAGAAACUUUAAUUUCAAAUUUAUUGUUUUUAAAUAAUUCAAACUCUAUCCGAAUUAUAGCUUAGUAGAUCAUUAUCAUUGAUGGAAUAAUGUACAGUCGGAGUUGGAUUGUUGGGCAGGAAUCACUGUGUAUCUGUAUUUGUGUAUAUUAUAUUUUUGUAAUAUUAACUGAGAUUGGACUGUAAAUGUUUUAUACAAAGAUGUUAUUUGUAACCUACAAUGUGUAACAUUGUAAAAAGUUUGAAUAUAUUGUUUGUUUAAUGAAACAUAAAAUAUGUACUUUAUUU